AUGCCACACAAGCUCGACAUCUUAGUCGUGGGCGCUGGGCUCUCUGGACUCGCCGCAGCGAUACAAUGUGCCUUGUCAGGACACUCGGUGACGGUAUUGGAGGGCGCAAGGGAGCUGGCUGAAAUAGGCGCAGGCCUUCAACUUACACCUAAUGCUACACGUCUCCUUCUGAACUGGUCUGUUUACGACACUAUCCGCGAUCGUGUCUGCGAGCCCAUCGCACUGACUGUCCACAACUAUCGCGGCAAGAUACUUGCGCACGAGGCAGAGUUCGAUGCGAACAUCCGCCGCAAGUACGAAGCGCCAUUCUCCGACUGCCAUCGCGUAGAUCUGCAGCAGGCCAUGGUCAAGCGAGCGCAAGAACUGGGCGUGAUCGUAGUACUGAACGCAAAAGUAACGACUAUAAAUCCGGGCUCGUUCACCGGCGAUAGGGCGCGCGUGACAACCUCGGAGGGCUAG